CUGUCCAGUUGAGGCGUUUGGAGCUUUGAGGCUAGUUUCCGUUCGCUGCGGUCUUUUUUUUUUUUUUAAAUAUUCUCAACAACACUCGCCAUGUCCAACAACAAUGCCAACAACAACUUGAUCAUCGCCCAGAGGGCCGUGAAGCAGCUGCGGCUUGAGGCCAGUAUCCGGAGAAUAAAGGUGUCCCAGGCCGCUGCCGAGCUGAGAAACUUCUGUCUGCAAAAUGCCAACAAGGACCCCCUCCUGGUGGGAGUCCCCUCCAGCGAUAAUCCCUUCAGACCCCCUAAGUCCUGUUCUCUAUUCUGAGGGCAUGAAGAGCCGAAGAGGAUUUGUACAACAAAUGCUGACUUCACCUUGACUUGACUUUGCUGUAGGUGCCUACAGCUUUUAUUUGGGAUUACAAGCUUGGAAGAAAAAUUGGUCAAUUUGUGUCGGAGUCAUAAUAAUUCCCUUCUGUUACAUGAAAGCAGGGCCAAACUCUACUAAUAAUAUAUUAUGAUGUAGUUUAUAACACUAGCUUGUCUAAAAUGGUUCGACUGUACACUAUGGACACAUUAUUUUAAUAAGUUAUUAUUUUAAAGAGUGUUUUUUUUUUUUCAGGGGUCAUCAGAUAUUCAGAGCAGGUGGGCCAAUAGUGGGAUGAUGAUUGUUUUGGAAAUCAUGUUUGUUGAUUCUAAAUUCAGCUCAUAUAUACGUUUGUGGAAAAGACAACUACAAAAUCCCCAUACCUUUCUUGAAGCUUGAAGAAACUGUUGCAUUACUGGCCACACACAGAAUCAUCUUUCUGCCUACAGAAGUUUUGUUUUUAUGUUAAACCGUGCUACUGUGUGAUAAUCUGAGAAGUUGAAUAAACUUUUUGUGAUGCUGUC